AUUGCAUUAAUCGUCAGGUGUCAAUAUUAGAAUAUACUAGGAACACUUGAAUAGUAUUAAUACCGAUAGGAUUCGAUGUGCGCGGCGUGCCAUUGAGCAUAAUAUCUACUCCACUUGUCCGAAUGGUCUGUGAGGAUUAGAUUGAACGGUUCAAAUGGACCCGAGUACGCCGUGGUUGCGUUAUGGAGUCCGUCCAAGUACGUUGCGAGUGCAUCUCCGACGUGGCUGCUGUCGAUGGUACCUCCGAGCGCAGUGAAAAACGCGAAUUCCAACUUGCGCAAUGGCAGCAGGCUGUGGGCGCACGGCUGCCGCAUGGUGGUUUCAAUGUGUUCCCACACUGGUUUCCAAGCAUAGUCGGCGUGGAAUACAUCGACGUGGAGGCUGUCCUCGUACCAUUCGUCGUUGCAAACGCGGUCGUCUUGGCCCCAGAACAACAGGUCCUGGCUCUCGGCCUUGUCCACGCUGACAAUCACGCGCCGAUUGGCGAUGAUCAAGUCUUCGAGACGAGCUGUCCCGGCACGCACCUCCAAGUCCAUCGGGUCGUGUCGAAGGAUCACCAUAUCACCAAACACCUGCCUCACGACUGCCACGACUUCGUGCUGAAGUCGGGGGGUUGGCGUCGCGUCGCCGUUGUCGUCGGGGGCUGUAAAGUCGGACAAGUCGCCAAAGUUGAGAAAGAUCACUUCGCGGGGAUGCAUGUCAAGCCAGUGCUUGAUCGGCACUAAUCCUGCUUCAGUGGGCUGGUACACUUGCGUCCGCCACCACGAGUAUCCGUGACAGACCACGGGGGAGAUUCGCUCGCCAUGCUUGUCGUACGCACACGAGUCCACGUCAAAGUACCGGAUCCCAGCGUCCAGGAGCUGGGGGCCGCUCACGAAUUGGUUUCGUUGCAAGGCAAACCCGACGUCCGACAGGGCGUUGUGGGCGCCCAUCCACAGCACUUGGCCGAUGCGCUUGUUGCAGUAUCGGACGUAGCCAUUGCACCCGCCUUCUUCGGGCACGACAGUGGUGUCCAAGAACAACAUUGCGGCCGGCGCCGAGCGAUCGGGAAGCAAGUCGGGGUCCAUCGCUCGAACGUAGUUGUGUCGCGGGGGGGGCUGCCGUCGAUGCCACGUCUUGUGAGACGAGUCUGCGCAAAUAACAUGUGUCAAGACGACUGCCACGUACGUAGCCUUCAUUUCCACGAUAAAGUACAAGGGGGCAGAUGCUACCACCUCAAUCUCGUACGAAUUGGCGUGAAACCGAUAUACUAG